UCUUAAAGUUAACUCCUCAAUAUCUAUGAAAAAAUUUAAGUAAUCUCAAGUCAUUUGACUCAAGUCUAAGUCAAGUCUCAAAUCAUGAAUAUCAAGUCAAUGUCAAGUCAAGUCCUUUAUAAAUGUUGAUCAAGCAAGUUUCAAGUCUUAAAAAUGGGGACUUGAGUCAGGUCAAGUCAUGUGACUCGUGUCUCCAGUGUCUGUUGCCUCCCACUGAGGGUUGGAAGACGCAGAGUGAACAUGCAGACGCGUCUGUACAAAUAUGCAUACACUUUUGAUGUCUUCUGUUUUUUGUGGUUCCUCAGGUGAUGGGUUUCUUUCCGCUUGUCACGUAAGCUUUUACUGCCUUCAGCACACUGAAGUCACUUGGCAACUCCUGCGAGGUUUGACCAUGAGUUUGUCAGCCAUUACCUUUCUGGCAGCUGUCUACCUGGCCCUCAUACCCCAAACUACCCAGUCAUGCACCAGAGGCUCCCCUCGCGAGUGCAAAGAGGCCGAGUUUGCUCCAGGAUCCAACCUGGCCGGUGAAGGCUUCGACAUCACCAAGAUGCAGCGCAAGGGAGCCUUUGUCAUCGACAUGAACCUAUGGAGACGUGAAAACAACACCUGCAUGCUGUGCAGGAACCCGUAUCAAGAGGGCAAGAUGCAGAAAGUCCCAGCAGCUGUGGUGGACUGGAGACCCAAUCAGAAAUGCAGCAUGAAGGUGGCCAGCUCACUGUACCAGUCCAGUGAGUCCCUGGUCAGUUCCAGUGCGUCCAGUGUGGAGAACAACUGGAAAGUUGGUUUGAAUUUAGGAUCUGCAUCUCUGAUGCUUGCUGGCACUAACUCCAAGUUGUCUGAGUACUCAAUGGAGAAGACAAAAAGGGACAAAUUCACAUUUUCCCAACAGAAGAUGUCAUGUAGCUACUACAGCUACCGAGUCUCCAACCAACCCCGACUACACCCCGAGUUUCAGUCUGCCAUUAAUCAACUUUCAAAGAAAUACACCAGGAAGACCAAGCACGCUUUCUACAAACUUAUCAAUAACUUUGGCACCCAUUUCAUACCUAAAGUGACUCUGGGCGGGAUGGUACAGUCGGUGACCAGCAUUAGGCAGUGCAUGGCCUCUUUACAGGGCCUGAGCUCAGACGAGAUCAAGAUGUGUCUCGACGUGGAGGCUGAAGCCAGUAUUGCAGGAAGAGGCACAGCAAGGGCUGAGACGAAGCACUGUCAGGAGGCGAAGGACAAGAUAGAGAGCAAGAACAGCUUCUCCAGCAGCUUCAGUGACAGGUUCACAGAGGUCUUUGGUGGUCACACCACUGAACCUGACCUUCUCUUCUCUGCAGACAAAGACCCGGCCGCCUACAAGGAGUGGCUCUCCUCCCUGCCACUCAACCCCGACAUGAUCUCCUAUUCACUGGCUCCCCUUCACGAGUUGCUGUCCCCUAACCUUCCAGUGAGAAAAGAACUACGCAAAGCAAUUAAGCAUUACAUUUUAGAGAGUGGACUCUGGCAGAACUGCUCUGAGCCCUGCAAGUCUGGUGUCAAAAGAAACCCAAAGGAGUCCUGUGUUUGCAGUUGCCAUGGUGAUCCUGGUGUAGGUAGUGACUGUUGUCCUGUUAAACGCGGUCUCGCACGGGUCAUUAUCACUGCAGUGAGGGCCUCUGGGUUGUGGGGCGACACCACCUCAGCUACAGAUGCUUACGUGAAGGUCUUCAACUCUCAGAACAUGCAACUGGCACGAACCCAUGUGAUUUGGAACAACAACUCACCUCAGUGGAACAUGGCCUUUGAUAUCGGUGAUGUCAUUCUCUCUCAGACCAGCAUGGUGAAGUUCGAGGUCUGGGACGAGGACAGCAAGUGGGAUGACGACCUGCUCGGAACUUGCACAGUGAACCUCAAGGAAGGAACAAAGGAGGAUGUGUGUCGCCUGAACCACGGAAUGUUCUACUACAAACUCCAGGUGGUCUGUGGUCCAAGUCUGAGUGGCAAGUCCUGCUCUGAGUACGUGAGCUCUCCCAUGAACGGUCACCUGGAGAGGCUGUAUGUGUCUCGUCAUGCCCGACCCGUACCAAAGGACAUGCUUAAGAAAAUGGGAGUCUUUGGGGAUGAACAUUAGCCCCUUCCUGACUAUCACAUUAAAAAUGUGGGGCGGUGGUAGUGUAGUGGAUGGGGUCAAAGCACACGCUAGUCCCACGACUAUGGACAAGGGCCUUCAUUCACAGACAUUUGAAGCAGUCUUCCUAUAUCUGGCCGCUCAGCCAAACUGAGUAAUCCGGGACAAAGGGCUUUGGUCAGACAGGUAACCAAGGACCCAAUGGUCACUAUGAAUGAGAUUCAGAGUUCCUUUGAGAAGAUGAGAGAAGCGUAAAAAAGGACAAAAUACUGUAAAUUUGCCUAAAUAUAACACGUGCUCCUGAUUUGAAAUAAUCUGGAACUUGACUUUCAGCAGUAGCAGAGGUGUCAUCGUCAUUCUAAAUGGAAAAUAACUCAUCUUCUGUGGCUGAGUCUGUGCUGAGGUGGCGUGUUGGUGCUGGAAGGAAUGCAAAGAACAUAUUAUAUUAUCUGUCCAUCUAUCCACACACACAUAACAAAGGGUCUGAAUACUUAUGUAAAUGGAAUAUU